CUUGUAAGCCCACGGGUGUAAUCGGUGGUGACGAAUUUAGAAAUUUUGUACGGUUGACACAUUCAUUUAACUUCUUCUGUGUUGUCGAUGUUUACAUUCCAUUCAAAUACAUUGGGAUUGUGAAUACACCACUGUGGAGUGAGUAACAUUGCGAAUUAAUCUAGUUUUAAAGCCCAGGAAGUAAAUUAUAGAUAAUCAAGAGGCGUUAACCAGGUUGAUAUUAUUUCAGAUGACGAAUUAUUUCUAAUUAAUGAACUAUUUUCAAAAGUAAAUAUGGCUUUUUGUCAACUAGAGAUGGUCGUCUGCUAUAUUACAUUGACGUAUAUGGUGAUGAAUGGUGUAUUUGGUCAUGGAAGAUUAUUAGAUCCACCAUCAAGAUCUAGUAUGUGGCGAGAAGGGUUUAAAAAUCCACCUAAUUAUAAUGAUAAUCAGCUAUUCUGUGGCGGAGUGCAGGUGCAAUGGGAACAAAAUGGUGGCAAGUGCGGUGUUUGUGGCGACCCAUGGCAGGGACCACGUGACAAUGAACCCGGAGGAAAGUAUGCCAAUGGAAUUAUUGUUCGAAAAUAUAAAGUUGGGCAGGAUAUAACCGCAGUUGUUGAGUUGACAGCAACUCAUAAAGGCUACUUCGAAUUCAAGCUCUGUCCCAAUGAUAAUCCAUUUCAAAAGGUCAGCCAGGAAUGUUUAGAUGGCCACACCCUGAUAGUAACGAGAACGGGAAACACCAAAUUCCCAGCUCCAGACAAAGCCGGAAAAGUAGAAGUCAAGCUGCGCUUACCUAAAGAUGUAAAAUGUUCAGCGUGUGUGUUUCAGUGGAAAUAUAAUUCAGGCAAUAGUUGGGGUACCUGUAAUAAUGGUCAAGGCGGUAUAGGUUGCGGUGCACAGGAACAGUUUUAUGGAUGUGCCGAUGUUGCCAUUGGUUACGACGAAAUCGUUGUAGGAAAAGUUCAAGAAAAACGACCUUGGUACUUUGAACCACCAGAUUCCAAAUGGCACUGGGGUAUCGUUGGCCGUGCUGACGACAAUUUUAUAUCCGCGAGUUCAAAUGUAAAAAGUUCUUCUUUGACUGUUUUUGUUGGUCUGUGUGUACUUUUGAAGUGUCUGACCUUUUUGUUAUAGGAUUGGGAUCUUAUUGCUUUCAGUAUUAUUUAUAAAAGAAUAUAGAGUUAAUAUCACGUAGCUAUAUAGUACAUUGCUUAAGCAAUAACUUGUCACUGUUUGAUAUUGUGUUCACUUCUAUGAAUGAUGUACAAGGUAUUAUACCGUUAAACGAAUAUACUGAUAUACGGAACAACAUACAGAUAUGAAGCUUAAUAUAGGACUAUUUGCUUACUUUCAUUUAUCUUAGUUCAUAAAGCUAACCGUUUGGUAUACUUCUAUGCGUUUUGCUAGGUGGUCUAACCCAAACAUAAUCCAGAAAAUGCUAUUUGUUGUCUGAACAUCAUGGAUUACAAAUUACAAUGCUCAGAUCUACUCUAAAUACAAACUGCACGGUCUUUAUUUAUCAGAAAUUGUAUUUUCGCUGCCUACCCAAUAUAAUAUUAUAUCUUGAUAUAUCCACACAACAUCUUUUAAUUCAAUCCCAAGUUUCUCAAUAUUUGGUUUUAUGUGCUUACUAUAUUAUAAUAGCCAUUUUUUACAACUUGAACUUAAUAAUGACAUCUUUACACAAACUACAACUAAAAACUAUAUUUUGUGAUAUUAUAUAUAUUUUAAAGAAUAACUUUAAUUGUUGUGUAAAUAUAAUAUAUAAUUUUAUUUGUAGACCUUUGUUAAUAUUGUUGAAUGCAGCAAUGCAGAUUACCAUUUUAAUUGUAUUUUUUCUGUAAAACUUUACCAUAUGCUCGAAACUGAAAAAAAAACUUCAGUAUAGUCUAUAGUGCCAGAUGUAAUAUUUUUUAAUAACUAACUGUACAUGACUUUUGUAUAUAUUAUACCGUUAUUAAUACAUGUAGAUCUAAAACGAACUUUGAUAAAUAUUUAAGACAAAAUGGAA